GAACUAAUCGCCGUCAAUAUCAGAGUAGCAGAUCAAUCCUUUCAACUCUUCACACUGUAGAUUAUCGUACUUUGUGCAGUAGAUCAGACAGAGACUUUAACUCCACCAUGUUUGUGAAGAGAAACACCUGUCUGCUCGUCUUCCUGUUGUGCUCUCUGACCUUGUGGUGCAAGUCCACCAGUGCAGGCUCCAGCUUUCUCAGCCCUUCACAAAAACCUCAGAACAAGGGGAAGCCUCCUAGAGUCAGCCGCCAAGUCAUGGAGGAGCCUAGUGAGCCCGUGGAGGACAAUCACAUCACAAUAAGUGCCCCCUUUGACAUUGGCUUCACUGUGAGAGAGGAGGACUUUGAGCAGUACGGUGCAGCGCUGCAGGAGAUCAUUCAGCGUCUGCUGGGAAGCACAGAGGCUGCAGAGAGACCAUCCCAACUUUGAAGAUCAUGGUCAAGAAUUUAAAGUUUUCUGUCUGAAUGCCUUCCAAUUUCCACUUUAAUUAUUAGAUGGCAAAUAUUUAGAAAUGAGCCUGUAGACGUGUUGGUCUUGUCUUUCUUAAUUUGAUAUAUUCUUUAGUUUAAGGCUCUUAAAACACGGUUACUCAAAGUCUGUGCCACUAAAUCUUAGAGAAUCUACUGAUGUCCGUCAUUACAAACUAAAAAACAAGACAUCAGGUGAAACCAUGUGUAAAAUUCACCCAAUAUCUUUUUGGAGCUUUCAACCACAUCCCGGGGUCUUCUUCAUUUAUAGAGUUGGUUCAGCUUCCAUCACGUUACCGUAUUAUGAAGCCGAUAUAAGUUAUUAUAAAUUAUAUAGUUAUAUGUGGAACUUGAGUUAUUUUCUCAAACUAACGAAUGAUCAUAUAAAUGUUUGACAUUACUUUGCCGUGUGAGAAAACUAAGUUUAAUAUUGAUUUUCCACUCUCGAAUGUGCAAAAUUGAAGUGAAAUAAAUGUCUAUAAUUUUAACACAUCAUUUUAAAAACUGUCCGCAAAUGAGCCACUCACAUCCUGUGUAUUGAUUUGAUGUUAUUCAGCAAUAAAAACCCAAUAUCUACUAUUCUUAUACAUAUUCAGAGACCCACAUGUGCCUGCAGAAAUAAAGGA